ACAAAACAGGUUGGGUCCUUCCCUCCGUUGGGGCGGCUCCUCUGGCUUGCAGCUGCCUCAGAGGCACCAGCCGGGAGGGGCCUGGGCAGCCGCAGCGGGACGGCCUGCGCCUGGUGCUGGCUGCUGGCUGCUGGCUGCUGGCUGCUGGCUCCUGGCUGCUGGCUCCCGGCUCUUGGCUGCUGGCUCCUGGCUCCUGGCUCCUGGCUCCUGGCUGCUGGCUCCUGGCUCCUGGCUGCUGGCUGCUGGCUCCUGGCUCCUGUCUGCUGGCCCUCUUCAGCCCUGGCCGUGUGGCAGGAGAGCGAGCUGCGCUGCACCAGUCGCCCCAGGAUGAUGCCUCAGCUGCAGUUCAGAGAUGCCUUUUGGUGCAGGGACUUCACGGCGCACACCGGCUACGAGGUGCUGCUGCAGAGGCUGCUGGACGGCAGGAAGAUGUGCAAGGAUGUGGAGGAGCUGCUGAGGCAGAGGGCCCAAGCGGAGGAGCGGUAUGGCAAGGAGCUGGUGCAGAUCGCCCGGAAGGCAGGCGGCCAGACGGAGAUCAACUCCCUGCGGGCCUCCUUCGAGUGCCUGAAGCAGCAAAUGGAGAACGUGGGCAGCUCCCACAUCCAGCUGGCCCUGGCCCUGCGUGAGGAGCUGCGGGGCCUCGAGGAGUUCCGCGAGAGACAGAAGGAGCAGAGGAAGAAGUACGAGGCCGUCAUGGACCGGGUCCACAAGAGCAAGCUGUCCCUGUACAAGAAGGCCAUGGAUUCCAAGAAGUCGUAUGAGCAGAAGUGCCGGGACGCUGAUGACGCGGAGCAGGUGUUCGAGCGCAUUAGCACCAAUGGGCCCCAGAAGCAGGUGGAGAAGAGCCAGAACAAGGCCAAGCAGUGCAAGGACUCAGCCCUGGAGGCAGAGCGGGUCUACCGGCAGAACGUGGAGCAGCUGGAGAAGGUGCGGGGCGAGUGGGAGCAGGAGCACCGGACAGCGUGUGAGGCCUUCCAGCUGCAGGAGUUCGACCGACUGACCAUCCUCCGCAACGCCCUGUGGGUGCACUGCAACCAGCUGUCCCUGCAGUGCGUCAAGGACGACGAGCUCUACGAGGAGGUGCGGCUGACGCUCGAAGGCUGCAGCGUGGAAGCCGACAUCGACAGCUUCAUCCAGGCCAGAAGCACAGGCGCCGAGCCCCCAGCUCCGGUGUCCUUCCAGAACUACUACGACCGAGAGGUCACCCCGGCAGCCGGGAGCCCCAGCACGCAGCCAUCCUGCGGCAUGAUCAAGAGGUUCUCCGGGCUGCUGCACGGAAGUCCCAAGGCCUCGGCGGUGGCAGCUUCCGCAGAGACCCCGAGCGCGGCCCCGGGACAGGCCGAGGGUGUCUACAGCAGCAUCGUGGUGAAGGAGGCCCUGGGGCCCCCCGCCUACCGGGCGCUCUACGACUACGUGGCCCAGAAUUCCGACGAGUUGAACAUCUCCGCGGGGGACGUCCUGGAGGUCAUCCUGGAAGGGGAGGACGGCUGGUGGACAGUGGAGCGCAACGGGCAGCGCGGCUUCGUCCCUGGCUCCUACCUGGAGAAGCUCUGAGGGGUGGAGCCCCCCAACCGCCCUGCUGGGCCGGGAUGGGGUCCGAGGGGGGCCCGCCCCCCCAUGGUGUUGGCCGCUCUCUGCACGGUAUCAGCACCGGGAAUAAAGGAGUGCGUUGCCCUC